UGUACAUAUAUAAAAUAUAUAAUCAUAUAAUUUUACUUGUACAUACUUUUGCAUUUACGAAGUGAACUACCUAGUAAAUAUGUGUGUGGACGUUGUGCAACCUUUACAACGCCUUUUUUAGUUUCAUCAAUGGAUUCAACUCAAAAGCCACAAUCACUUGCCACCUAUGAUAACCAAAGACACUCACAAUUCGACAGUAUGGCCGUUUCGAAUAACUUGAAUACGAGCUUAGCAAACCCACCACAUGGACAACUAGAUGGCUUGGAAUUAGAGCAGCGGCAGCAUGCGCCAUCCACACAUCCUUAUCCCUCAAAUUUUGCAACAGCGUCCAAUCUCCACAUGGCAGACAACAGCACAUCCUCGUUGAGCACUCAACACCAUCAGUACCAUUACAUACAGUAUCCACCGUACUACUAUUACAUUGGUAUGCAUUCGCAAAGACAGCAACAACAACAGCACCAGGAAUCACUUCUGCAAGGGCCACAGCUUACGGGAAUGCCGGAAGUCGCCUGUCAUUGUCAUUGCUCGUGCGGUGCCCAACAACAACAGCAGCAACUGCUAAGUCAACGACAAUAUCAGCAACGAAAUUUUUCCGCUUCCACCACAGCCAUGGGACAAACGCAGCGCGAGGAGGAUUCUAGCAAAAUUGUGGUGCAAGUGCAUUGUCAAUCCAAUGGUGAAACGGAUUGCGAACGUGAACGCUCCACACUGCCACCGACCAAAGCACAAUCAGAACAAUCCUUACUGAAUCAUUCCUACCAAGCGCUGCAGCUGCAGACGACAGCCGAAGAGAAACCAUUAAAUAUCGAAUGCAAUUCCAAAUUGAAUAUCAGUUGCGAUUGUGAUUUGGAAUGCACUUGCGGUGCUGAAAGACUCCGGAGUGCUGCAGCUGAGCCUGAUACUAGGCACAGUAAAUCAGCCGCUGCUGAUAUGGAUGCAGAUGUUUUGGACACUCCAUCGCCAUUGAAAAACCAGAAGCAAUGUCAACUGGAAGCCAUGCUUGGUGCUGAUGAGAUCACUGUCAGCGAGUCGGACAACAAUAGCACUAUGAUUAAAAAGAAGAAGAAAACAGGUGGUGGUUGUGCGCAUAUCACCAAUGAGAUAAACUCUUGGUGCAAUAUGCAUGAGCAAAAUUCUCCACUGGCGGCCGACAAAAACUGCGAUUGCGAUUAUAAUUCCAGCCAAAUCGAAAUCUACAGUGAUGGAGAGAGUAAAGGCGGUCACGAUUCCAUUGAUGAUCAGCGACCACCGCUACCACCGCGACCGCCACCUCCGCCCAGAUUGCGAAAUGCCACAAUAACAGGAAAUGGCGGUCAUCGUCAUGGGCCGGGUAUAAAAAAGUACGUGGUGUGGUGCCUUAUCUGCGGUGGAUUUUCAUGCCUGUUGGGCAUACUGUUUUUAGGUGUUUAUUUCCUUUUGCAUUCAUACACCAUUACUGUGGGCAAUUUUGAGACAGUGCCGACUUUUGUGCCAGCGACAUUGUUGAUCCUCACUGGAAUCUGCAUAAUGAGUUUGGCACGCCGACGAAAUCGGUACAGUUAUUUGAUUAAACUUUCCGGCGUGUGUGGUCUUAUCUCAGCACUGACAUGCGCUCUCGUGACCGUCACCACAACCGUUCUACACAUGAGUCGCUUGCAGGCGUUGCGAGAGUGCGAAUAUGCGCAAAAGACACGAACUUGUACUUGUUACUCCGAUAUGAUAGAAUCUCAAGUAGAUCGUGUGGACAAAGAAGGUGUUCGCCUCGUGUUCGAUUCACUAUCUGACUGUGGAGUUGUUCAUGGCUCACUUUACUCCUGUUUACGUGCCAUAUUUGGACUUUCUGUCGCAGGUGUAUUGGUUGCUGUGUUUAGUUGUAUGCUCGUUUAUCAGCUGCUCAGUCAUGAGCGCAAAAAGAUGUAUUGGGAGCAGCUGGAGUUGCGUUGCCGCUCGUUGUACACCAGUCAGCAAGGUCCUCCCCCAAAUAUGGCCGCCAUGGGUGGUGGUCGUGGCCCAAUUUGUCGCUGUUGUGAACAGUGUCAUCUGCACCGCCAGGCGCCACUACAAGCAACAGCCUAUCCUUGGGAUGAUAGCGGCGAACCACGUUUUUGGACUGGUCAACCACCUGGUAACUUUUAUUCACCUAAUCCGGGUGGCGACGAUCUGCAUAUGGCAAAUGCGGGCACAGCUUGCCGUGGACAUAGCGGCGCUUCCGGGGCGCGUAGCCGCAUGACUGGCUGGAGUUGGCCGCGCAUGCCCUGGCAACGAAAUUCACCCGUACCGAAUGCAAGGCAAUUUCGUCAAACACCAUCCAGCCCAGAUUCACAGUACGGUUUCACGAACAAUACGCCUACAGUUGCAGAGAAUAUGAUGGCGGACGCAGAUGCCACACCAGCAAUUGCGCAUAACUCAGCUGCACCUCCUUUUAAUGUAGUUGGCGGCGCACUUCCAUACGGUGUUUGGGGACCACCACCGCCCUAUAGCGAUCCCAACAGCCCGGCACGUCGAGGUUACUAUCAAUACAUAGAACCAAAUCCAUGUAGCAAUAACAUUGCUACUACCAACAAUAUCACCCAUAGUAGUGGAAAUAUCUCGAAUGAGAAUAAUGUUAGCACAGCAGCUGAGCAGCGUAUACCUUGCCUUAAUCAUCGUUCAGUUUUCUUGGAACAGCAGCCGCAUCAGCUCAAUAACAAUGGCAGCAAUUGUUGUCCCACUGCAAGUAUGCGUCGCAACUUAGCUAAGCGUCGCACGACUGGUGGUGGCGCUGGUAGCGGCGGAAGUGGUGGUGAAGAUGCCUUGAAGUCAAAGACUUGUGGUGGUGAUUACGAGAAUACUCCAUCGGAGAGUGAUGGCUGUAACAUGCGUGACCGGUUUUCGAACACUUUGCCCACCCGUAAAGUGAAGAAACGCAAUGAAACUAAUUUAAAAGCCAAUGUAAUUGGAAGUGCAAACCCCCAACCAGCUCCACGUCUUUCUAUGCAGCAGGUCAUAGCCAAUACCGAUGCGAAUUGCACAAAUGCAACAGCAGAGUCCACGCUUGAUGGUAACGAAUGCAUGGAUCAAAUAAAUGACGGUAUGUGCGAUGAAGACAUUAAUACGGGUGGCUGUGCCUCCUCACGCAUUACUGCACGAGCGACAUUGCGUCGCAAACGCGGCAUUGAAAAUACUGGCUUUCAGUCAAAUAGCGAAAGUGGUAUUGCGACCAAACCGAUGGCGGGAGGUGAUUCAGAUGCUGUUGUAAUAGCGGCAGAUAUGCAUGGUGCCGGUGAUCCCACUGAAUCAGAAGUGUACUUUGCCGAUGUGAGCAGUUGCUGUAAUAUGUCAUUGAAAAAUGAUAGCUACUACGAUGAAGCUCAUCAGACUCAACAUCAUUUAGGUUCACAACAUCACCAUCAACAUCAGAACAGUAAUUGCAGCCAGAACAGCAGCAGCAAUAAUGAGGAUUACCUAGCGCAACGUUUCGGGCAACGAGAAAAUUCAAUACGUAGUCGCCUACCAUUCCCACAGACACGAAAUAACGACUACGAGGAAAACUUGAAUACGUCUCACCAAAAAGAAAUCGGAGGCAGUGUCACUCCAGUUAAUCAAAUGCAUAAAGAGAUUUCACGCCAAAGCAUGUGUUCUGUGGAAUCAGAGGCGCAGACCGAUUGCACCGACUUGUCGCCGGCCACGCCGUGUAGUAAUAAAUUCGGUCAGACUAAUUUUGAAGGGAAAAUCACAACGAUUAUUGAUAGCAAUGAGACGGCUGUGCCACAACGUACAACUGGAGGUGCGUUGCCAAACUUCGUAGCUAAGUUUCCAUAUUCAUCAGAGUCACAAAGUUUAGAAGCACAUCGUCGCUCUACAAAGGACAUUCACGAUCUAAUACUCUCUUCAGAAGCACAUUACGAAGUGAUCAACGACAACCCGCAACCAACGCCGCCCUGCCAGUUUACUGCACAACAACCAAAUACGCGUAUUAGCAAACCACAGCCACAGCGUCCAACAAAUCUGUCGGCCAACAAAACUAAAACGAAACAUAGUUUGAAAACGCGUGAUCGUAUAGAAGCGAAUGUACUGCAGAACGAACGAGAUUGGCCGAUCGUUAGUGGGGUAGGUAAUACAAACAAGGGGGCGGGAGUUGGCGGUGGCGGUUGCGGCAAUAGCGAACGGAAAUGUUUGUGAGAAGAAGUUUUCGUUUAAAUUCCUGUGAUCCAAUGAGAGAGAAGCAGCUUUGAAAAAGCUUUAGUAAAAAUCGAAAGUUUGGUUUGUAGGUUUAGGACGAGUUUUAAAAGAACAAAGGGUGCAUACGAUGCAAUGGAAUUCAAAUGGUUUUUGAGUUUGGAAGUGUGAAAGAGUUGAGCUGAAAAAUUUCCUUAGUAAAUUCAUGAGAAUUAUCAAAUCGUGCCUAUUGUGCCUUAAACUUCUAACAACAUUUUCGAAUAUGAACAUUUCACCUUAGGUACAAUAGUUUGUACUACUGUUAGUCUCCUGCUUUGGAAACAAAUUUCACCCUCCAACAUACAUAAAUAUUUCUGAGCAUUGCUAUGGUUUAUACCAUACUAUAUAUCACGAGUUUCUAAAUCGAUUCCAAGCCUGCAACUGAUCUGAAGUUUAAAUUAAUGUUAAUAUGUAUGUGGCCACCGGGAAUGAUCUUACCGCUUAUCGAUGGUCCGAUCUACUUUAUCUCAACUGGUAGAGAGCUACCAAUUUAACUUAUCUUAAACGCCUAACUCAGCCGCGCACAAUUAUUUCAUCUUAUCUCAACGCUGUCAGACAAACUAUCUUAACUCUCUUUAUUUUGCCUGAACUCUUGGCGUACUGUUCAA